AUUGAUAUUUUGAUAUAUUAUCAACAGCCCUACUGGCAGCGCUAUUCAGUUAGUGGGCGCCAAGAUGGAAACUCGUCUGGAGAUUCGUCUGCACGAACCAAAUCCUCUCUUCACGCGCUGGCUGCAACGCUGGCUCCACGACGCCGAGCAGAAUGAUCGCAAGUCGCAGCACAAGCUACGCCAAGCGCUGCAAGCGUUGCGCAGUUACCCGCUCCCGCUCUACAGCGGACGCGAGUGCGCCGUGCUGCGCGGCUUUGGGCCAACUCUCUGCCAGCAGAUCGACGAUGAACUGCAGCAGCUGCGCACACUGGAGAAGCAGACAACGACAAACACAAAGGCUGCUCUGGACAGUUCACAGUACGAGCAGCAGGUGCAACAGGUGGUCAAAGUAGUGCAACGCAGCAGGAAAAAACAACAACAAGAGCAGCAGCAGCAACCGAAGCCCAAAAAGCUGACAAAGAAGGCGCAACAGGAGCUGGCAGCAGCCGAAGAGCGAGAACGUGUGGUCCAAAUGCCCGCGGGCAGUUAUCGCAUUGUGCUGCUCGUGGACAUCCAGGAGACGAGUGGCAAGAACAAACGAGUGCUGGAUCAAACACGCGGCUACCUGGAAUCAUUGGGUGUGAUGCACGAUGUGCGUCGGCUGACCAUCGGAGACUUCCUCUGGAUAGCAAGCGAUGACGUCGGUAAUGAGCUGGUUUUGCCGUACAUUGUAGAGCGCAAGCGCAUGGAUGAUUUGGCCAGCAGCAUACGCGAUGGUCGCUUCCACGAGCAGAAGCAUCGAUUGCAGCAAUGCGGCUUGCCACACAUCAUCUAUCUGAUCGAGGACUAUGGCGACAAUGAGCAGCUGGGAUUGCCGCUGGAGUCACUGCAGCAGGCGCUGGCCAAUGCACGCAUUCAAUCGAAGAACAUUCAAGUGGUGCGCACCGAGAAUCAUUAUCGUUCCAUGUGCUACCUGGCUGGCGUCGGUGCUGCACUGCAGCAGCUCUAUGUGGAUGGCGGCAAGCGGCUGCAUAGUCGCAAAAGGGAAGAGGAUGCUAGCAGAACGACAUCGCUGGAUAGGGAAACGAAUCUAUUGAAGUUUAGGGAACUCUACGAGGAUUCGGCCCGCAAUGCCCAGCUGACGGUGCGCGAAGUCUUUGUGCAGCAACUGCUUCAGCUGCACUCGCUGUCACUCGAUCGUGCGCUGGCCAUUGUGGAGUCCUAUGCCACACCGCGGCUGCUGCUGGAUGCAUAUGCUGCAUGUGGCAGCGAGGCGGAGGCAAGAAUUCUCUUGGCGCCACUUGGCUGUGGACCUUUGCAGCGACCGCUGGGCGAGAAGUUGAGUCAGUGCAUCCAUGACUUUUAUAUGCAGGAAUUCAAAUGA